GCUUCCAACCACUCACCCGCCGCAGCGGGAGCAGCCGCAGCUUCCAGGGCCAUGGAGAGCCAGGGCCGUGGAGCUGCGGCUGUCCUGGCUGGCUCCUGGCUGUCCUGCUUGCUCCGAGCCCCCCGGGUGGGAGCCCUGCAGGAGCCGCUGCUGGAGGACGCGGCCCUGGAGAACAUCAGCUGGGCUGCCGAGGAAUCCCAGGGCAACGGCUCCUCGGAGCACGCCUUCUUCUCUCUGGAUUAUCAGCACGUCCAGGUGCCCUUUGAAAUCACGCUCUGGAUCAUGCUGGCGUCCUUGGCCAAAAUAGGGUUCCAUCUCUACAACAAGCUGCCUUCCGUGGUUCCCGAAAGCUGCUUGUUGAUAUUUGUGGGGCUCAUCAUGGGGGGAAUCAUCUACGGAUUAAAUGACAGGUCCCCCCCAGUGAUGGACAGCGACAUCUUUUUCCUCUACCUCCUGCCCCCCAUCGUGCUGGACGCCGGCUACUUCAUGCCCAGCCGCCCCUUUUUCGAGAACAUCGGCACCAUCCUGCUCUACGCGGUGGUGGGCACCAUCUGGAACGUGUUUGGGAUCGGCUUUUCCCUGUAUGGGAUCUGCCAGGUGAAAGCCUUCCGGCUGCAGGACGUGUCCCUGCUGCACAACCUCCUGUUCGGCAGCCUCAUCGCCGCCGUGGACCCCGUGGCCGUGCUGGCUGUCUUCGAGGAGAUCCACGUCAACGAGAAGCUGCACAUCCUGGUCUUUGGGGAAUCGCUCCUCAACGAUGCUGUGACCGUGGUGCUCUACAAGCUCUUUCGCUCUUUCUGUGAGAUGCCGACCAUCAAAAGCGUGGAUGUUUUUGCUGGAGUUGGAAAAUUCUUCGUGGUUGGGCUGGGAGGAGUUCUAGUGGGGCUGAGUUUUGGGUUCACUGCUGCCUUCACCACACGCUUCACCAAGGACAUCCGUGUCAUCGAGCCCCUCUUUGUGUUCCUGUACAGCUACCUGUCCUACCUCACUGCAGAGAUGUUCCACCUCUCUGGGAUCGUGGCCAUCAUUUCCUGUGCCAUGGGCAUGAAGCGUUACGUGGAGGCCAACAUCUCCCUCAAGUCCCACACCACAGUCAAGUACUUCAUGAAGAUGUGGAGCAGUGUGAGCGACACCCUCAUCUUCAUCUUCCUCGGAGUUUCCACCAUCGGAGAGAACCACGAGUGGAACUGGCCCUACAUUUGCUUCACGGUUAUUUUCUGUCUCGUUUGGAGGGCACUUGGGGUUCUUGUGCUGACUUUCUUUGUGAACAGAUUUCACGUGAACACCAUCACCAGUAAGGACCAGUUCAUCAUCGCCUAUGGGGGGCUCCGAGGGGCCAUUUGCUUCUCUUUGGUUUUCCUGCUGCCUGACUUCCACAGGAAAAAGCUCUUCAUUGCAGCAACAACUGUUGUCAUCCUCUUCACCGUGUUCGUGCAGGGAAUGACCAUCCGUCCCCUCGUUGACCUGUUGGCUGUCAAGAGGAAGAGGGAGAGUGCUCCCACCGUGGGAGAGCAGAUCCACAUUCGGUUCUUGGAUCAUUUGCUGGCUGGCAUUGAAGAUAUAUCUGGACACUGGGGACAGUAUUACUGGAAAGACAAACUGGAAUAUUUCAACAGCAGAUACCUGCAGAAGAUCCUGCUCAGGGAGUACGACCAGCCCAAGUCCAGCAUCGUGCUGCUCUACGAGAAGCUGGAGCGCAAACACGCCAUCGAGCUGGCCCAGGCUGGGCAGCUGGGCCACGGCCUAGCCCACCCCUCCUUCCUCAGCAGCGACAGGACUGUCAUAGCAGACCAAAAAUUGGAGGACACUCCAAAUCCUGAUGUCCUGGACAACAUGCAGGAAAUAUUGGCCAGGAACCUGUACCGGAUCAGGAGGACGGGCCCGGCGUACAACAGGCACACCCUGCCCGGGGACAGCGAGCCCACGGAGCACGCCAAGGAGAUCCUGAUCCUGCGGCACAAGGGCCUGCUGGUGGACAUGGGCGGGAGCGACACCUGCAGCUCCAGGAAGGAGUCCCAGAAGGAGGACUCGUGCUCGGCGCAGGGCGAGGCCACCCCGCAGCCCAAGCUCUGCCGCUCCUUCACCGUGGGGAACACGGAGAAGGUCCGGGAAGUGAAGGAGAGCCGAUCCAAGUCCGUGUGCGCCAUCCCACUGCCCCAGCCCAGCGGCACAGGGCUGAAAGAGCUGACUCUGGAGAUGUACAAACACAAGGCAUGCUCUGGCUCCCCAGGAGGGGUCUGACCCCUUCAGGGAGGGCUGCUGGAUGUGUAGAUAAUGUAAAUAAGAUGCACGUUGGAAAGGACAGCGUGGACAGGGUGGAAUAUCUGGAGUUGUUUUCAUGGAAAGUCAGUCUUACUGCCCAGUGCUGGGCUUUCAGUGGGAACUGAGGGAAAAGAUGCCCAGCUGAGCAUCAGCAAUGCCAGGGAAUGGCUGAGAGGACAUUUCUAAGGAAUUUCUAGGAAAAGUUAGCCUGUUCAGUCUGGGAAAAUUGCUGAAAUUGCCUACAACUGCAAGGAAGGAUGUUUUAAUAAGGUGAGAUAUGGGAUCUUCUCAUUAGUUUUCAGGGAUAGGCUAAACUGCAGGGAGCAUUUGGAUUAUAGGUUGGGAAAAACUUGAUAAUCUCAAAGAAGCUUUUAUUAGGGGAUGGAGGAAAGAGCAGAAAUAGCAACAGAUCUCUUCUUCUCCUCAGGAGCUGAUGGAUCCUGGCAAUAAACAUUAUUCUCAUGAAGCCCAAAGUUAAAUGACAUAGUUGAGUAAGGGGCUGUGUCUUACCUGAGGGACUGUCCCACACCAAGCCACAAUUCUGCUAAUGAAAAAUUAUUGCAGCUGAAUUAAAAGGGAGAAAUAUGUUCUUACUGGUUUUUGAAAACUUAUGUAAGGAAUGAUUCACCUCAACGUUAAAGUGAGGAGGCUCCAAACCCAGUGGUGAUAGCAGGAGAUGAGGGUGACAGCCCUGAAAUAAAUAGGAAAGCUCUCUGACGUGGUUGGUUGGUCACAUUAAUCCUGUAAAGAUAUUUUGGGAUGAUCUGUGCUGCCAUGGCUGGGAGCUGUGGGUUUAGAGGGGUUUGAAAGUGCCAAGAGGGUGACCCAAACUCUGGCUGUGAGGUGUGAGCCCUUUGCACAGCAGAUGCAGGAAAACUCUGGGCAUAGGACCUGAGGAAGACAGGUAGCCCCAGAUUUGGGUAAUUUUCUUUGAAACGCCAGGUAAGUUCAAGCCUUUGAAUUCUUGUCCUGUCAGGUUCAGUAAGGACAAGUUUUAGUUUUGCCUUGACAUUUUUCUUUCUCUUCUCCUUCUUCUGAUCCAAGAGUGUUUAAUCUGAACGAGUGGCUCUUUUUGAAAAAGCAUUAAAAGAAACUGUAGGAAUUCACGGACUCCCCCCCCACCCCAUGAUAUUUUUGGGUUUGCAGAACCAGUCUCCUGUGGGCAGAAAUACCCCCUUAGGAGAGCCCUGCAUGGUACAUUGGGGCUUUCAUUUUAAAUUAAGGCACAAAUUUGUGUGAAUUUGCUUUGCAAUGAUCUACGGUCUCAUUUUCUUCUGAAAAAACCCCUCGAUGAUGUCCUGGCAUAAGCUGAGGUGAUUCAUGUUGACUUGAAGGUCACUCCAUCACUGGAAAUCCACUUCAUUGGAAAGGAAAAUUCGAGCUUUUAGCAAUAGAUGUGUGUUUUACAUGUGUAUAUACAUAUAUGUACAUAUACAUUGAUUUUAAUCUAAGCUCAUUGCAUCUUCCAUUUAUUACAGUUUUGAUUUGUUUCCUAGUUUAAUCCAUGUGCAUGGGAGCCAUGUGGGCUUGGCUGUAAUUGGUUUAGGAAAACAGCCCAUCUUUGAGUUUGUUGUAAUAUAUGUUACAAUCUAAGGCAUUUAUGAAUAUGCUGCAAUGUUCUACAUUUCUGUUUCAAUUAAACUCGCUGUGUUAUGGGAUCAUCUCUGAGUUAUUCUCUCCUUGCAUCUUCAAUAUGCUGCUGGUGACAUCCUCAGGAGCUGGGGACACUCAGGGGUGUCUCUGGGUGUCAUUCCAGGUGGAUCCUCCUGGACCAGCAGCUCCUUCAACCCUUGGCCAGUGAUCCCAAGAUCACGAGUGAGGAAAGCAAUAGGAGCAAGGAAAUAAAAUUGGUGUUGUUGUUCAUUGGUGAAAGCCAUUGCAUACAAGGGAGAGAGAAAAAAAUACUGAACCUGAAGGUCCUCAGCUCUCUGGGGUUGGAAUGUCCCUGUUCACCUGCAGUUUUAUGUCCUCAGUGUUUUAAAUCUCUCCUUAAAUUCUGCACAGUAAAUAGUCAUAGGAGGAUUUACUAAGGCGAGUAAUUUUUAUUCUAUAGUGGGACAGCAAAUAGGAAAUUAAAUAAUUUUGCUUGUCUAGGAGUUUAUAAUUAGGGGUAGAAACUGAUUGACUAAUUCUUGCUUGGGUUUUGUUUGGUUUUUUUUUUUUUGGCUCUUUUAUUUUGGUUUUGUGCUUUUGCAUCUGACCUGUGUUAUUUUUGUCUGAAAUACCUGGAUGUCUGUACCAUCUUUGUCUUGCAUCCAUCCUUGUCAUCUUUAUACAGCAUCCAUCAUUUCUCUGGACAUCAGGCACUUAAAUAAGGAACUUUUUCCAACUGAGCCUCCCAUCAGUUUUUUUG